GAUCACUUUGCUGAGUCCUAUGUGACAACUUGGAGCAUUACAGGCAAAAACGCUUGUAUCUUGUGGCCGUUCGGAAUUCGUAGAACGAAGUUAUACAUUGAUUUCAUUCUACCACGGUACUUAACUCUAGCUUACCAUACUCUCCUGUGCCGAACCUACCUCUUUUCUAUACUCCAUACUUUGUUUGGGCCGAGGUGAUCAAAUCUGGACAUCAUUCUGGACAGCAGAAUUGAUCUUGACUCCAAUGGCAGUGCUGGGUGACCACAAUAUGGUACUCCCAGGCUACCUUUGGGGCUAUAUAAGUAACAGCAUGUCUAUAAGCCAACUUCUUUCCCAUAUUGCUACAUUGAUCAUCGUCUGUUGCAUAGGCCGAGUAAUCUACAAUCUCAAAUUUCAUCCACUCUCGAAAUACCCAGGGCCGAAGCUUGCUGCCAUUACCGAUAUUUGGUGGGCCUACGUUAGGGCGACGGGAAGAUACCCGUGGGUAGUCGAGGAUGUCCUCAAAAAAUAUGGCGAUGUUGUUCGUAUUGCUCCUAAUGAACUCGUAUUUUUAACGCCGAAUGCGGCGAAAGACAUAUACCUUUCUCAGGAAAAGAACCUUGAGCUAUUCGUCCAGGUCGGCUAUGACGCCUUGGAUACAGGCGAUGGUGGGAUAUCGGGGGAGGUCAAUCCCGUUAAGCACCGUGAGAUUGCGAAGAAGCUCGCACCUGCCUUCAGUACGAGGAACUUCAAAUCGAAAGAGUCGACCGUCCAAGCAUAUAUCGAUCUCUUCGUCAAGAAAAUGAAGGAUCUUGAGGCGGGAGACCAAGGGGCAGAGUUACAACGUUGGACGGACUGGUUGGCAUUGGACCUUUCUGCAGAUAUGACAUAUGGCCGCGAGAUGGGCCAGGUGCGAGACAUGGAGGACUCUAUACUCCUAAGCUCCACUCUGAGGCUAAACCUAUUCCUAACGAUGAGUGAGAUUACAAGGAAAUUCCGUUUCCUUAGCCCCUUGAUGUAUCUUACCAUCCCGCCAUCCGUCUGGUUCGCAAUGCCGAGACUCAUAAAGAUGAACACUCAAGAUGUGAAGACGCGCAUCGAGCGUCGGGGCAAGAUAGAGCACUUGGAUUAUUUCGAGCAGCUCCUACCUGCUGACAACCCCGUCCCUACAGACAGGAAAACAAUCUAUCAUCUGGAAAAUGUAGCGGGUCAACUACUUCUGGCUAGCUGGCAGCCCUUGGCGAAUCAGUUCUACUCUAUGAUAUUCUUUCUUCUCAAGGAGCCAGUUGCUUACGCAACUUUGGUGGAAGAAGUGAGGGCAGCGUUUCCUGACUAUAAUGCAAUCAAUUCGGAGACUACGGCGAAUCUGAAGUACCUGCAGGCUUGUGAACGUGAGAGUCUCCGGCUCCACCAAGAAACGGUUGACGGUUUGCCGCGCGUGAGUCCGGGCGCUUUUGUGGACGGGAUCUAUAUUCCUCAAGGGGUCAUCUGUCAGAUCAGUUAUUUUGCCGCAGCACGAAGCCCACGCUACUUCUCUGACCCGCUCAAGUUUCGUCCCAACCGGUGGUUACCACCAAACGAUCCAAGAUUCGAUCCGCGAUACAAAGACGACACUCUAAUGGCUUCCAAACCUUUCAGCCAGGGUCCGAGAGGAUGCCCCGGUGGGGCUAUAGCCUUGGCUGUGGUCCGAUUGUUUAUUGCAAAGGUCUUAUGGCAGUUUGAUAUAGAUCCUGCGCCUGGUCAGGACGGUUUGUCUUUUGAUAAAGACUUCACGUGGCUCACAUUUUGGGAAAGACCGCCAUUUUGGGUACGAUUCAAGCCUGUUCAAAGGGCAUGAAACGUGUAAUUAUAGACUCGAUGAACCUUCGGUUAAUGACGAUAGCCACCGGGCUACUCUACGACUAUCGUUAUCUGACAACAUGGAGGUCGUGCUAAGUGAAAAUCUGUCUGUCUAACCUUUACGAAUGCG